AUGGCUCUCCUCCGAAUCUUGAAAGCUGGUCUCGUGGUUGGAAGCCUCUUUGGCUCCACGAGUGCCUUUACGAAUCCGAUCCGGAGCCCCGGAGGAAGCGACCCCCAGGUGACUUACUCCGGUGGCUGGUACUAUCUCAUCUCGACGGAGUGGGACAACUUGCAGCUUGCUCGUGCAGAGACCAUCGAGGGGCUGAAGACUGCCGAGUCGAAGAUCAUUUAUUCCGACACGAACGCGUCUCGGUGCUGCAAUGUCUGGGCCCCUGAGCUUCACUUCUUUGAUGGAAAUUGGUAUCUGUACUAUACCGCAGGCAACUCCGGUGCCACCAACUUGGACAACCAGAGGUCCCAUGUGAUCAAAGGCGGUGCCUCUCCUUGGGAUGAUGAUUGGGCUUAUGUCGGCCAAAUGGCCCCCGACUGGGGCAUCGAUGGCUCCAUCCUGAGGUUCAGUGGAUGGGGGAACUACUUUGUUUACUCUUGCAUGACCGGUGUGCCCAACCAAUCGACAUGUAUCCGCAAGCUGGGCGACGAUUAUGUCUCUACUGGUGAUCUGAGCAUCAUAUCUCAGCCUGAUCAGCCCUGGGAACAGAGUGGCGUCCCUGUGCAUGAAGGCCAAGUUGGUCUCUACUUUGGAAACAAAACGUACAUUGCAUACUCUGCUAACUAUUGCUGGACACCUGACUACUGUAUUGCCCUCUUGGAGUGGGACGGCGCGACUGAUCCGGCGCUUUCUGGCGCGUGGACCAAAUCGGACGGAUGUCAUUUAUCGAGCGCAAACGGCAAUUUCGGUACCGGUCACAACAGCUUCUUCACCAGCCCCGAUGGAAGUGAAACUUGGAUCACGUUUCAUGCCACUUCGAAUUCGGCGGGAGCAUGCGAUGAUUCACGGUAUGCCAUGGUACAGCCUCUAACGGCCAAUGAGGAUGGGUCACCCAACUUUGGGAUUGCCGAGGGAUUUUCAUUUGUGUGGCCAGAGCCAAGCGGUGGAAAUGCUUAA